CUUUUUUUCUUUUCUUCUUUAUGAAUAGUGACCCUACUGAACAAGACACGACUGCUUUAUAUAUCAUUUUAGGUAUUGAAAAGACAGCAACUCCUGAAGCAAUAAAAAAGGCCUAUAGAAAACUUGCCUUACGUUAUCAUCCUGAUAAAAAUCCAAACUCUGAAGAACAGUUUAGAAGUAUCAAUCAUGCUUAUGAGCAUAGAUUCUUUCCGAUCCACGAAAGAAACGCAUUUAUGAUAGAUAUGGUAAUGUGGGUUUGAAUAUGGCAAACACAAUGGGAGGUGCUGGUAUGUUUCUGGAUCCAGAAAUAGAAGCCAUGGCCUUGGCAUUUUUUU